GCUGGAAGGAGGAGGCACCCUGGAGGGGACCCCAGACCCUCCAUCAGAGGCCGGCACUCCCAGCCCUGCCAACAGCAGCGCCAACUGCCUGCACACAGGGGCCUUGCUCUCCAGGCCCACCGAGCCGCCGGCCCAGAGAAUCGACCACUACUUGUCCGCCUUCCCCUGGUUCCACGGUCCGAUCUCGCGGGUCAAGGCCGCCCAGCUGGUCCAGUUGCAAGGCCUGGAAGGACACGGCGUCUUCCUCAUCCGGCAGAGCGAGACGCGCCGGGGGGAGUACGUGCUGACCUUCAACUUCCAAGGCAAAGCCAAGGUGAGCAGGCCGCGCUUCCCUCCCCCCCCCAGGUGGGAGUGUAGAUCCACCCCAGGUGGGCCUGGAGGACUUCAACUCCCAGAAUUCCCCAGCCAGCUUUGGAUUCUGGGAGGGGAAGUCCGCCAGGCCUAAAGUGGCCACGGUUGGAGCCGAUUCUGCUUAGGAGACAGGCCGAACCAUCGUUCGUUCUGAAACACACGGCAGUCCUUGACUUGCAACAGUUUGCUUAGUGGCUGUUGAGCGAC